CUCUCCUUUCCCAAUACCGCUGCCUACGUAGACUCCCGUUUCCUGAAGAAUUACGGAUGUAAACAGCUAUUAUAACAUCAUUUGUGUGUUUUACCUUUUACAGGAGUUGUAUUAUGCAAGUGUUUCGUUUUUUUCCGGCCGAAAAGCUCAUUUGUUUGCGAAUAUUGUGUAUUAACAAGUUAACGGACCAUUGCCUUGCGGGAAGCUGCUAGACGGUAUACUACCGUGUACAUAUCAUAAUUUUUCUCCUUCGUCAUGGAUAGUCCCGCUCGUUCUGCUCGGUUUGCGCGAAGUCGACGCUCUUCUUCCAGCAGCUUGGAAAGCGAGACAAUACUAGAGGCUGAACAAAUCUAUCAACAGCUGUCGCGCGAGAAUGACUUUUACGCUUCGAGUCAGCGUCAGUCUGCCGCCUCCUCACCAAAAAAUAGUGUUCAGAACUUUCCGUCUGAACCUAUAACAUCGCCAGAAAGAAAACCUUGGAAGUUCGACGGCACAUCUCAGCACAGAAGUGCCGCGGAUACUGCACCUGCUCAACGUACAUACCCUGCUGAGAGUACGGCACUCGAUGAGCGAGUCCCACACUCACCAUUCCAAGUUUCCGUUGAUGAAAUUCAGCCUUCCACCCGUCCUUCUAAGUACCGUCCUCAACGUCGUUCUCAUGUCUCUCAUUCUCGCUCUCGCUCUCACUCUUCCCAUCCCUCCCCUCCCUCACCCUCUCUCUCCUCUCGUCUUUUGCAUUUCUUAUUUAGUUUAGUUUUUUAUGUUCGACUGGCGUGUCGAUGGUCUCUUUCAUUGAUCUCUGUUCUUCGUUACUUGUUCGUUCGGUUUAAGAUCGUGUACUUUAUUGUUUUUUUCGUCACUAGUUCGGCGUUUUGUUUUGCGUUUCGUGAGUACAUGCUCUACCGCAAGCUUCAUGUCUCUGGGCCUCAUGACAGCGAAGAGUUGUACGUACGUUUGCAACAAUUGGAACAGCGGUUGCUCGUAUCACAUCCAAACAUGCAGUCGUUGCAACUCUUCUUCAAUGAACUACAAAAACGAGAACAGUUUACGGAAUUGAAUUACAAACGUGCAGAUACGCUGUUUUCUCGCCUUUCUUCCGGCCUAUCUUCUCUUCGCACAAACCUUUCCAAGCUGCCACAGGUUGAUGAGUCUAUGCGGUUUGUCGGCUGGAUUUCUGCUCAACUGGAAACGCUGUCGGAGACCGACCAACUGCUGGGUGGCAUGCAGGAAUACCACGAUUCUCAUGUUCUGCCUCAGUAUAACGCAUUGCAGCCUCAGAUUGCAAGGCUCGCACUCGAUGUUUCGGAGGCACAUCAUUCAAUGCAGGCGCUAAAAAAGGCAAACGAUGAAUUGUCGAACGCGUUGGAAUUAUCUCAGAACAACCGUGAGACUUCAAUUUCUCUCUCUGAUCUAGAUUCCUUGGAAGAGGGUUUUCAGCGGAUCAAGUCUAUGGACGUAAACGAAGUAAUGCCAGAGGUAGACAAACUCAUUUCCAAUUUUGCGCAGAAACUAGUUGCAGAAGCAACACCUGAUCGAAAGUUGCUUGAAUCUUUCUUGCAGGAAAACAUUCAAGAUCGGUUGGUCAACGAUGUUAAGCGAUCGACCACAUACGCCUUUCUUCAAAAACCAGACGUAGAGACUUUGUUUCAACGUUUUUGGAAAGCUCGAUCUAAACAAAUUGACAUUAGCUUAUCACAAGCACCUAUCCGCACUCAACAGGAGCUGCUUGAAGUAUAUCAUCGAUUACUAAAAGAACAAUUGUUUAAUCAAAGCGCAGAGUCCAUCCUUGCUCCGGACUACGCACUAAAAACCAUGGGUACCCGAAUUGAUUAUUCGUUAACCCAUCCAAAACCUCCGAUCUCCGCCAUACUAAAGCACCAACUUGGUCUCUUCUCAAACGGCAUUCCUGAGCACUUGCUGACCAAAAGUGCACUAACGUACUGGUGUUUUCCAACUCAAAAAACCUCGAGAGUUGCUAUAUCCUUUCCCCGACCCGUUCCCGUUACUCGUCUUACCUUGUUCUAUUCCCAAAAGAAGCCGUUGAAAUCUCAAGUUACCCUUAAAGUUUAUGGAGUCUUUCCUGAUCUUCAGAAGUCCUCCCGCACAGUGCGAUUGUUGCAGGGAAUUAACACUCAACUCCAUACAACAGGAGACUGACGGCUCAUUUGUGUUGGCGACGGACGAGCAGCAACAAAAGAACUAUACGGCUCUAGUUUUUGAGCGUUUCGUGGAAGAAGGUGAAGACGACAUGACUAAUUCAGCACUUAGCGGAGUAACUAAUGGAGCGUCUAAUCCUUUCUGUUUAUAUCACAUAGGCAUUUACGCCUGAUAGAUUACUGUAAAUAUUCUUUAUAAGAAAAGUGUCGCACACCGCAUUCUUUGAGAGCAUUAAAUUAAGAUUUAUUAAAGUUAUUGUAGUACUAAUUAUGUCUGUAACUGGA